AGGCUUCUCUCCGGCCCCCUCAUCAACGUCUACGUUGGCUCUGGCGAAGCCAAGCGACACUGGGCCAUCCAUCGGAACCUCCUCUGCCACCACUCCGACUACCUCGCCUCCGAGCUCCAAGCGAACGAAUCCACCAAGAACAAAAUCAGCGACAAGCUAGAGCUGACUGAGGAUGACCCCAAGGGCUUCGAACUGCUCGUAAAAUGGCUAUACCAAGGCAAAUUCGAGAAUGUCAGCGACAUCUCAGACCCGAAUGCCAAGUACGACUACGCGGUCGCCUGCUAUAGGCUGUACAUGCUUUGCGAGCGUUUCGACAUGCCGCAACUCAAAAACAUGGCCAUGGACCAGUAUCGCAAGGGCCUGUACGAGGCGCGCCUCGUGCCCGACGCCGACGAGAUCAACGAAAUCUACCGCCAGAGUCCGGAAGGCUCGCCGUUCCGCGCCUUGAUGGUCAAGAUCGCGGCGCGGCAGAUAAUGGACCCCGACUCCGACAAGAAUGCGGACAGCUAUCGCGUGUGUUUCGAGGACAACCCGGAUUUCGCGAUUGAUCUCGUCAACGCGAUCAAGGCAGGCACAGGCGGCCUGCUCUUCGAUGACCCAACGUUCGGGGACGCGUGCGACUACCACGACCACGAUGGUGGACCCAACUGCCACAACAAAGCAAAAGGCAAA